AAAAGCAUUUGUGCUGCUUCUUGUUAGUAGAGUUGGGAGUAGCAUCAGACUACAGGAGGUCAUCCACACAGGAGGAUGAUUGUGAAAAAGGCAUUAAAACCAUCCCUGACGUUCCAUGAGUCCUUCAACAUGAAAUUAAGCAUGACCAAUCUAAGAGAUGCCAAAAUGUUUCAAAUCCUAGGGGCAACUUUGAUUCUUGGUCUUGUCCUGAUGGCUGUUUACUUCGUGAGCAUGGAGAGUGUGGCACAGCCAAACCCAGAAGCAUUUGCUGCCAGCAUUUAUGAAGAGUUGGAGGAGGAAGGGCUCUAUGAGGAUCUACCAGUAACAACUGCAAUUGAAAAGGAUUCCAGUAGGGGCAAUGACUCCUGUAGCUUUGAACUUGUGGAAAACAUUCCCUAUGACUUAGCUUUUGAGAUAAAUAGCACUGCAGCCAAACCCUUGUAUCAAGCCUGGAUGAAACUCCUUGAUAUAGCCCAAGAAAAAAUUCAUGUGGCUUCUUACUAUUGGUCUCUUACUGGGAAGGAUAUCCACAUCAAUGAUUCGUCUUCUAAGCAGGGUGAAGAUAUUCUGAAGGGCUUUGAGAAGCUGCUCUCGGAGAAUGUCUCUGUGUAUGUCGCAACAAGUGUGCCAACUUUGGCUACGAAUUCAACUGACCUUCAGCUCUUAGAGGAAAAAGGGGCUCAGGUGAGAAAGAUUAAUUUUGGACAGUUGUCAGGAGGAGUGCUGCAUAGCAAAUUCUGGAUUGUAGACAUGAAGCACAUAUACAUUGGAAGUGCAAAUAUGGACUGGAGAUCUUUAUCUCAGGUGAAAGAGUUUGGUGCUGUGAUCUAUAACUGCAGCUGCUUGGCCAAAGACCUCUUGAAAACAUUUAGUACUUACUGGGAUCUCGGACAUGCUAAUGCUACCAUCCCAUUUCCUUGGCCUCUUAAUUAUUCUACCCACAUUAACAAGCAUCAACCUCUGGAAGUAGAGUUGAAUGGAACCUUAACAAAAGCCUAUUUUUCUGCUUCUCCUCCAGUAUUUUGUCCAGAAGGUCGUACCUAUGACCUCUCCUCUAUAAUCAGUAUUAUCAGUGAGGCACAGAAAUUUGUCUAUGUUUCUGUAAUGGAAUAUUUCCCUACCAGCCGUUUCACUCAUCCAGAAAGAUACUGGCCAGACAUUGACAACGCUCUGAGACGUGCAGCUUUCAACAACAGAGUACAAAUCCGCCUCCUGGUCAGCUGCUGGACUCACACUGACCCAGCCAUGUUCUACUACCUGAGGUCCCUGCGUGCUCUCAACAACCCACAUGCCCACAUCAGUGUCAACGUGAAACUUUUCAUUGUUCCAGUUCUGAAUCACACAAAUAUUCCUCAUGGGAGAGUGAAUCACAACAAAUACAUGGUCACCGAUAAAGUAGCCUAUAUUGGGACUUCCAAUUGGUCAGAAGAUUAUUUUAUUACUACAGCUGGCGUGGGACUAAUUAUCAAACAGAAUUCAACCAACCUGCAAAGAAGGCAACUGCCUAUCCAAGAACAAUUGAGAAACCUUUUUGAGCGAGACUGGGAUUCCGAGUACGCAGUGAAUCUGGAAGAUGUGCAGGGACAGAAGGACUGUAACUGGAGAGGCAGACUCUGAAGUGAAUUGAAGUAUACAUUUAAAAUAGAAACAAAAUAUCUUAUUAAUCUUAAUCUUGCUCCCCUUGCAAAACAAGGAGCUUUCUUCUUUAUGUCUUUGUUUGCAAAAUGGCUUCCUUGUGGUGUCCACGUUGUUUGAUGACACAAGCAAGUCUUGUGGUUGACUCUAGCUGCAAACCCUUUAGUGCCAUUUCCUUUUUGUGUGUGUGAAUGCCUCACUGCACAGUUAAUGAAACACAUACAGUUAUAUGAGAAGCUGAUUAAAGCAAACAUGGAAGAUAGAACAGCAGAGGUGCAGAUAAUUGUUGCUGUGAUGUUUAUUGUAGGAGUCUAUAUUUUUCUAGCUUAAUGUUCCAUUAAAAGUGUUUUCUUACA